UUGUUUCGCUGAUAGUCCUCCGCCAAAGCCCAACACGCGUGCGUCGCUUUACGCUGCGAAGAUGCAUCGCCAGGUUCUAUUUAUCGCGCUCGUGGCUGUUCUGGCUGCGCAGUGCUCUUCUGCUCUCUCGCGUGGCCUGCUCCAGCAGCAAUGCCUGAGGAAUGGUGCUCGCUGCUCGCUGUACCAGGUGGGCCAGUGCUGCGCCGGCACCGUGUGCACCAUGCCGCUGGAGUGCACCUCGCGCGGCUCCCGCAGCGAGUGCCUGCCCGAGUGCCGCACCCAAACCCUGAAGAACCUGACCCGCGUUGAGUUCCCGUCCAAGUUCGGCAUGACCCCCGGCUUUGAGGGCGGCAAGAAGAACAAGCCCGCUGUGGUUGUCAUGCAGGAGUGGUGGGGCGUGAACGCGGCCAUCCGCGACAUCGCCAUGCACGUGGCCGAGCAGGGCUACCGCGUGCUGGUGCCCGACCUGUACCGCGGCCGUGUGGCGGUGGACCGCAUGGAGGCCGUCGGGGUAAGAGGCACUGCGGCACCACUGCGCACCCGCCCCCUCACCACUUGCCCGCCACUACACCAACCCGCCACGCCGCACCCGCCCCGCCCGCGCCACAGGACCCGCGGCGUGGACGACGUGGUGUCUGCCGUCCAGUACCUGCGCGCCACCGGCUCCAAGAAGGUGGCCAUCCUGGGCUUCUGCCAGGGCGGCGCCAUGGCACUCUGUGGCGCGCAGUUCGCGGGCGUGGACGCGGCCAUCCCCUUCUACGGCAUCCCCGGCAACUUCACCGGCUGCGACCCGGUGAAGAUCCCCAAGGGCGUGCCCAUCCAGGCGCACUACGGCACCAACGACACCUCCUUCCCCACCUCCCGCGUGGUGCCGCUGUACAACGCCAUGACGGCCGCCGGCGUGUACGCCAAGCUCAACCUGUACGAGGGCCUGCCCCACGCCUUCCUCAACGCCAUCACCCCGGCCGGCCGCGUCCUGUUCUCCAACGGCAACCCCGUGGGCUUCAACUUCCCCAGUGAGAAGCUGGUCACCCAGGCCUUCAGCCGCAUGACCAACUUCCUGCGCCUGCACAUCCGUUACUAAACGCCGGCAGCUGGUAGCAGCAGCUGCAGGCAUACCGCAAUCCUGACCGGCGCGCGAGCGGGCGAGCGUGUGUGAGUGUGAGAGAGGAGGAGAGGGGUAAUGCUGAAGGACGAUGCAGGCAAUGUGGCCCUCGGAGUGGCCUGCAGUGGCCAGGGACGUGCUGACUCGGAUGUGCUCGCUUCAUCGCAAGACACUGUAUGGCGAGCAAUGUUGACCUAGGCGCAGACUAGGGCAACACACAUGUGUGUGCAUGACUGCAUUGGCCAGGCACAGUGUUGCCCGCUUGCUGGACGGUUGAUUGACGGAAACAUUCAUGCUGAACACGAAGGAACCUUGCAUGCUAUGCGGUUGCUGGGGGACGUCAUGUGCCCCACGCCCACAUUCGUGCUUAUAUACGACACCCGUAUGCAAGCCUACAUGACUCGAGAUGGCUGGGUUGACGGGUAUUGACUUACAGUGGAGCGAAGGAGGAAAGAGGCGGAGCAACUGCGGUCAGCCAUCAUGUGUGGUUGCGCAUGCUUAUCGCCGGGCGGGGCUUGCCUCGUCUCAACAGCCCGCAUGGUGCGGCACCAUCCUGGUGCACAUAACUGUAAAGAUGUAGGAGGUGAGGGGCCGAUUGUCCUAUCACACAGCAGCGCCAUGCAUGCCGGUCCAGCGGCAUGGGGCCUGGGACGUGGCGUGCAUGCGCUGCUGCGUAAGCGAGGGGCCUUGGAGGGGGCGGAGGAGCAGCAAGGCGCUCCUGAAGUGGCGCCAGCAAGCAGGCUGUGAUAGCUGCGUUCAUUUGUGCUUGGCUGCUGGAAUAUCUGGACGCCAGAAGGGGUGUGCCGGCGGUCGUGGCGCGGGUUCAGACCGACACACUCCAAAAGCUUUGGCACGAUGCAUGCCGGAGAGUCGGAGUCACAGGCCAGGCCACAAUGUACACGGUAGCACGUGACUAGUAGUCACAUACUGUACACACUGUAAUUACCGACACAA